CUUUACAACACCUUGGAACCUCGUCACAGUCAUGGCCUCACCAUCUCUCCCACUCAAGAAGAGCCUCACACCUCUCGCCUUCCAACUGCAAGCACGAAACCUCACAUCCCGAGCCUUCACAACAUCUUCCGUCCGCCGCCUUCAAGAUGAACCCACGCCCUCCAACCUCAAUACUCCUCGCCCCUCCCGCAGCAAACCACUAUCCCACGCCCAGAAGAAAUUCCUCGACUCCGCCCUCCGCGUCAACCACGCCGGCGAACUUGCGGCGACAUUAAUCUACACCUCCCAAACCCCACCCAUCGCCAAAGCCCACCCUCAUCUCCGCCCGUUGAUGAAACACAUGUACGACCAAGAAGCAGGACACUUCAAAAAAUUCAACGAGCUCCUCGCCAAGCACCGCAUUCGACCGACGGCGAUGUAUCCCGUCUGGCACGCGGCGGCGACGGUGUUAGGGUGGGGAACAGGAGUGAUGGGACGGGAGGCAGCGAUGGCGUGUACAGAGGCAGUGGAGACGGAGAUUGGGGAUCAUUAUAACAGUCAGGUGAAGGAGUUGUUGGCGUGGUUUAGGGACAUGGAGGAACGAGGAGAGGAGCCCGGGGAGGAAUUGACGGAGUUGGUGAAGGAUAUUAGGAGGAUCAGAGAUGAGGAGUUGGAACAUCUGGAUCAUGCGGUGGAGAAUGAUGCGAAGGAGGCG